UGAGAACGCAGCCCGCGCGGAUUUGUACGCGAGAGAACGUCCUCGAGUGUCGGAGUUCCCUGUAAGGCGAAAGGGGCAGAAGGAGGGAGCAGAACUAUUGCUAUGGCUGAGAAACUUGCCAAAAACUUUUCUUCAGAUAAGCAAGACAUGUGUUCAAGCUCACCUAACAUGUUAUUAGAUUCAGAAGAUUCCAAAGAACAACUCUUAGAAGAAUGUGAAAAAAUAUGGAAACAAGUGGAGGAGUGCCAUACUAAAUUAUCUCUUCAAAGUGUUGAAACUCUUCCAGUUUCAGAUCUCAAGCUUUCAUUGUUAGCGAAACGAUUCAAGGCUCUGUCAGCUGAAUUUAACCUAUGGCAAAAAAGAGAGCCAGAAAUAAUUACUACAAAUCCAGAUGUCCUGGUAGCAUUAGGAAGAGACCAGUUGCAGAAAUUAGACCACGAACUUGAAAUGGUGCUAUCAACAGUUAAUGCAAAGAACAAAAAACUAAAGGAAGAUUUUAUAAGGGAACAAAAAUGGUUGGAGGAGCAGGAACAGCUUAUAGAAUGUCUCAACCAAACAGCGGAAAGAAUGAGUAAUUACGUAGUAGAUUUUUCUGAAAAAAGAGCCUUUCAGGAACUGAAAAGUAAAAUGCUAAAAAUAAAAGCUUAUAAGGAAGAUAUUUUGAAUGCAUUGGGAGAUUUCCUUGAUGAGCAUUUCCCACUUCCUGAAAAUAGUGGAACUGCAAAAAAGAAAAGGCAUUCAUCAGAAGAGGAAGACGUGCAGCUCAUAUCAUUACAUGAAAUUUUAGAGAGUCUCAUCAAUAAACUGGUAAACACUCCACAUGAUCCAUAUAUAACAAUCAGUGAUUCAUUUUGGUUACCUUACAUUGAGCUUCUGCUGAGAUAUGGAAUUGCAUUGAGGCACCCAGAAGAUCCAAACAAGAUACGUCUAGAAAAUUUUCACCAAUAGCAAGAUAUUUUAAGAUGAAGGGUGAUUAGCAGAACAGAGUUAACUAAAAAACUCUAAUCUGAGAAUAUCAAGUGGAAAUACUUCAUGUUUUUCAGGCAGAAUCCUACAAUAUUUUUGUAAAGUAGCAUCUAUUGACUCAUUUUUUAAAAGUUUGUGAUUGUCACAAUUCCUUUUUAUGUUUUACUGCUGUUAGUAAAUAAUGUUUGUAUUCUAAAAACUGUUGGUUUUCUUAAGAGAGCAGAUUAAAGGGUUAUUUUAGACAAGUA